AAGCAGUUCUGUUAAGUUUUGGUUAGUUUAGAUAGGGGAGCUUAAAAAAUAUACGAGUUUCCGAAAUUUCGAAUGAUACCUCGGUUGGGUUACCAAUUGUUUCUAUGGUACAGUUUUUUAAAAUUUCGUAUGUUUGCAAUUUGCCGUUUCCCGUUAAAUGUGAGAGAAUUUUUAAGUAAAUUUACAGGUGCAUUUAUCGUUACUAGUAAAUAUUCUUUAAUAAUAAUUUCUGGUGUUUGUUGGAGGAGGUAAACAGGUACUCGGAAGGGCAAUGCCUAUGGGUGUGUUGGUUUUACUUCAGUUGAAGGCAUAUAAUUUUAUUGAGUGAGAUUCUAACCACAAAAAGUAUAAUGGGUUCAACCAACAUCCAAAUUUUGGUGAAAGCGCGGCCCCUUAUUGAAAGGGAAUUAUCUCAAAAAUUAAAACCCAUGUGGCGGAUUCAAAACAACAGUAUUUCACAGAUAAAUGAUGCUGAAGAUUGUAUUGGUGAAACUUACAGUUUUGACCAUAUUUCUAAUGAGGAACAAACCAAUGAAGAUAUUUACAAAUUAGUGGUCAAACCGUUAGUUCAUUCAUGCCUCGAAGGAAUUAACUCCACAAUUCUUGCCUAUGGUCAAACGUCUUCUGGCAAAACUCAUGUUAUGAUGGGUGAUAGAUCUGCUCCUGGCGUUAUAAGUCUGACAGUCAAUGAUAUUUUAGAAUAUAUUGAUAGUGACCCUGCAAAAAUUUAUUUGUUAAGAUGUUCUUAUCUGGAGAUUUAUAAUGAAAAAAUUCGCGAUCUACUGGACAGUCAAGUGAAAGAAGUUAAAAUUAGAGAAGAUAUUCAGGGAAUUCACGUAGCAGUUAAAGAGGAAAUUGUAAGAGAUGUGGGAGACAUAAUGGCCUUGGUAAAGAAGGGAAUGAAAACUCGAAAAAUCGGGUGCACUAACAUGAAUGAACAUUCCAGUAGAUCUCAUACCAUUCUUAAGCUGAUUAUCCAAGCUCAUUUAAAAGAUUGUGAAGGAUUAAUAACAGAAUCAUCGUUAAGUUUGGUAGAUCUAGCCGGGUCUGAAAGAGUGGGACAAAUGAAUAUGAAAGGUAAAAUGCAUAGUGAAGGAAUUUCUAUCAACAAAUCUUUAACCACAUUGGGAUUGGUGAUCCGGAAGCUCAGUGACAAUGAACAGUAUAUAAACUACAGAGACUCCAAAUUGACUCGUCUUUUGCAACAAUCACUAGGAGGUAACUCUAAAACUCUUAUAAUAUGUACUAUAACCACUGCAGCAGUUGAAGAAACAAAAUCUACCUUGGAAUUUGCCCAAAGAGCAAAAUUUGUUAAAAAUCAGCCUAUUGUAAAUCAAAAAAUUAAUAGUAAAGAUCAGGAACGAGUAUAUGAACAUCUAAUGAAUGAGUAUGAGAAAGCAAUUGAUAAACUUAGACAUGAGAUGAUUGAUAAAGAGCAAACAAUAUCAUCGUUAAAAGGGAAAAUUAAAAGUAUUAAAUCGUUCACAAGUAAAGUUCAGCAGGGUGAUCCGAAAAAAGGCGCAACCCAAGGUUUCUUACUGCGUAGACAUACAUUAGCUAAUUGCCAGGUAUUAUCCCCAAUUGAGGAAUCUGAUGAUAGCAGUGAAGACACGAAAAUGUCUCAACUUGACACUGCCACUUCUCUAAAGUCCUUUGAUGUUGAUUUGCCAGAAAGGAUAGCAGAUGCUUUUACGCAAACUAGUCCUUUACCUCUGAGAAAUUCCACCGAAGUGUUGACUUCACCAUCAGUACUUCAACAAAGAAUUUUACUUUUGGAAAACUCAUAUCAGAGUUUAAUUGAUUUUACGAGGUUGGAGCGGCAGUUUUUGGAGGAUUAUGAAACUGAUGACUUAGAUCUGAUAGACCCUUUGAGAUUCUCAAACUUACAGUUAACUGAAUUUCUUAGUAGAUAUAAAGAUAGUAACUCCGAUGUGUUAAAUUCUCUUAGACUUUUAAAGAAUAUCCUCGAAAAAGAUGAUUAUGCUCGAAAUUCCUUACCUCGCAUUAUUGAAGAAGACUUGGGCAUUGCAGAAUUGUCAUCAGGCUUGGCUAAUGAAUGUAUAGGAUCUCCUGAAAAUAAAGAUGAUGAUGGUACUAUUUCCACUCAAAAAGAGCUAUCAGUUAAGCACAAUGAGAUGCAACAGCUGGAACUAUCGCCAUUAGAAAGGGGGAUCAAUAAGUCUCCUGCCAGUUUAGGAACAGAUAACCUACUGUAUUUACGGGACGGCUAUCGUGAGUUAAAGAGCCAGGCGCAAUCUACUUAUAGUUUAGGUGAACAAGAAGUUGAGACGUUGAAGAAAAAAAUUUCCAAUUUGGAACAAACACAAAGUGAGAAGGAUGAAGAACUUGAACGUUUUGGCACCUACUGCUGUUCCCUUGAACAAAAAAUCGAUGAAUUGGAAGAAUUUACUCAACAACUAAGUGCGGAAAAUCACAGGUUGCAAGAGAUUACAAAAGUUCAUGAUAGUCAUGUUACAAUUUCUACUCAGAUCAAUAUGGAAUCAGAAGAUAAAAAAGUUGAAGAGUGGACCAGAAAAUAUUUUAUUUUAAAUGCUGAACAUGAGAAAGUGAGCCAGCAAGUGGCCACUAUGGAAGUGGAAAAACAAGAAAUUAUCCAAUUACUGAAUUACAUUAAACAAGAAAAUGCGAAUUUAAACAAUGAGAAUAAAAAAUUGCUGGAACAAGUUAAGAAACGGGACACAAAACGUUUUGAAAUAAACUCUGAACAUCAGAAAUUGUCAGAAAUUAACAAACAAUCAGAAAAAAUAGAAUUGACACAACAAUUGCAGUCCAUGAAACAAGAGAAUUCAGAUUUGACCAUUGAGAAUCAAAAAUUACAGGAACAAACUGACGCUGAACAUGAACAAUUGUUGCAAGUUAACAAGCAAAUAAGAGAAAUAGAAUUAGAAAAAAUCGAAAUGAUGCGACGAAUGCAAUCUAUACAACAAGAGAAUUCAGAUUUUAAUAUUCAAAAUCAAAAUUUGAAGGAAGAAAUUAACAAAUUGCAAGAAAAAAUUAGCGAGCAAGCAACGCUUGAAUUAGAAAAUCUACAACUUGAGAAUUUAAACAUCGUGAAUCAACAAUUGCAAGAACAAGUUCACACACGGGACGCAAAAUAUUUGGAAAUGAACGUUGAACAUGAAAAAUUGUUAAAAGUUAACAAUCAAAUAAAAGAAAUGGAAUUGGAAAAAAUUGAAGUGACACAAAGACUGCAAUCUAUAAAACAAGAGAAUUCAGAUUUCAAUAUUGAGAAUCAGAAACUGAAGGAACAAGAAAAAGUUAGCAAUGAAUCAACGAUUGAAUUCAAAGAACUAGAAAUUACACAACAAUGGAAUUGCUUAAGAAAAGAAAAUGAUAAUUUAAACAUUGAGAAGCAAAAAUUGCAGAAACAACUUGAAAAGCAGAUGAAAAAAAUGCAAUUAGAAAAAAUAGAAUUUAUUCAAGAAUUGCAAUCUGUAAAACAUGAAAAAAUGUUACAAGUUAACAAGCAAAUUGAAGAAAUGGAAUUACAAAAAAUAGAACUGGCGCAACAACUGCAAUCUAUAACACAAGAGAAUUCAGAUUUCAAUGUCGAGAAUCAAAAACUAAAGGAAGAAGUUAACAAAUUGCAAGAAAAAGUCAGCAAGCAAGCAACGAUUGAAUUAGAAAAACCAGAACUUACGCAACAGUUGAAUUGCAUAAAAAAAGAAAGUGAGAAUUUAAACAUUGAGAAUCAAAAAUUGCAGAAACAAGUGAACGCUGAACAUGAAAAAUUGUUACAAGUUAACAAGCAAAUAAAAGAAAUGGAAUUGGAAAAAAUUGAAUUAACACAAAGACUGCAAUCUAUAAAACAAGAGAAUUCAGAUUUCAAUAUUGAGAAUCAAAAGUUGAAGGAACAAGUUAAAAAAUUGCAAGAAAAAGUUAGCAAUGAAGCAACGAUUGAAUUAAAAGAACUAGAAAUUACACAACAAUUGAAUUGCUUAAAAAAAGAAAAUGAUAAUUUAAACAUCGAGAAUCAAAAAUUGCAGAAACAACUUGAAAAGCAGAUGAAAAAAAUGCAAUUAGAAAAAAUAGAAUUUAUGCAAGAAUUAUCUAUAAAACAUGAAAAAAUGUUACAAGUUAACAAGCAAAUUGAAGAAAUGGAAUUACAAAAAAUAGAACUGGCGCAACAACUGCAAUCUAUAACACAAGAGAAUUCAGAUUUCAAUGUCGAGAAUCAAAAACUAAAGGAAGAAGUUAACAAAUUGCAAGAAAAAGUCAGCAAGCAAGCAACGAUUGAAUUAGAAAAACCAGAACUUACGCAACAGUUGAAUUGCAUAAAAAGAGAAAAUGAGAAUUUAAACGUCGAGAACCAAAAAUUGCAGGAACAAGUUAAAAAGCAGAUGGCGAAAAUGCAAUUAGAAAAAAUGAAAUUUACCCAAGAACUGCAGUCUAUAAAAAAACAGAAUUCAGGUGCAAACAUUGAGAAUCAAAAAUUGCAGAAACAAGUGAACGCUGAACAUGAAAAAUUGUUACAAGUUAACAAGCAAAUAAAAGAAAUGGAAUUGGAAAAAAUUGAAUUAACACAAAGACUGCAAUCUAUAAAACAAGAGAAUUCAGAUUUCAAUAUUGAGAAUCAAAAGUUGAAGGAACAAGUUAAAAAAUUGCAAGAAAAAGUUAGCAAUGAAGCAACGAUUGAAUUAAAAGAACUAGAAAUUACACAACAAUUGAAUUGCUUAAAAAAAGAAAAUGAUAAUUUAAACAUCGAGAAUCAAAAAUUGCAGAAACAACUUGAAAAGCAGAUGAAAAAAAUGCAAUUAGAAAAAAUAGAAUUUAUGCAAGAAUUGCAAUCUAUAAAACAUGAAAAAAUGUUACAAGUUAACAAGCAAAUUGAAGAAAUGGAAUUACAAAAAAUAGAACUGGCGCAACAACUGCAAUCUAUAACACAAGAGAAUUCAUAUUUCAAUGUCGAGAAUCAAAAACUAAAGGAAGAAGUUAACAAAUUGCAAGAAAAAGUCAGCAAGCAAGCAACGAUUGAAUUAGAAAAACCAGAACUUACGCAACAGUUGAAUUGCAUAAAAAAAGAAAAUGAGAAUUUAAACAUCGAGAACCAAAAAUUGCAGGAACAAGUUAAAAAGCAGAUGGCGAAAAUGCAAUUAGAAAAAAUGAAAUUUACCCAAGAACUGCAGUCUAUAAAAAAACAGAAUUCAGGUGCAAACAUUGAGAAUCAAAAAUUGCAGAAACAAGUGAACGAUGAACAUAAAAAAUUGAUAAACGCUAACAAGCAAAUAAAAGAAAUGGAAUUCGAAAAAAUUGAAUUGACACAAAGACUACAAUCUAUAAAACAAGAGAAUUCAGAUUUCAAUAUUGAAAAUCAAAAGUUGAAGGAACAAGUUAAAAAAUUGCAAGAAAAAGUUAGCAAUGAAGCAAGCAAUGAAUUAAAAGAACUAGAAAUUACACAACAAUUGAAUUGCUUAAAAAAAGAAAAUGAUAAUUUAAACAUUGAAAAUCAAAAAUUGCGGAAACAACUUGAAAACCAGAUGGAAAAAAUUAAAUUAGAAAAAAUAGAACUUAUGCAAGAAUUGCAAUCUAUAAAACAUGAAAAAAUGUUACAAGUUAACAAGCAAAUUGAAGAAAUGGAAUAUAAAAAAAUAGAACUGACGCAACAACUGCAAUCUAUAACUCAAGAGAAUUCAGAUUUCAAUGUCGAGAAUCAAAAACUAAAGGAAGAAGUUAACAAAUUGCAAGAAAAAGUCAGCAAGCAAGCAACGAUUGAAUUAGAAAAACCAGAACUUACGCAACAGUUGAAUUGCAUAAAAAAAGAAAAUGAGAAUUUAAACAUCGAGAAUCAAAAAUUGCAGGAACAAGUUAAAAAGCAGAUGGCAAAAAUGCAAUUAGAAAAAAUGAAAUUUACCCAAGAACUGCAAUCUGUAAAAAAACAGAAUUCAGAUGCAAACAUUGAGAAUCAAAAAUUGCAGAAACAACUGAACGCUGAACAUGAAAAAUUGUUACAAGCUAACAAGCAAAUAAAAGAAAUAGAAUUAGAAAAAAUAGAAAUGACGCGACAGCUGCAAUCUAUAAAACAAGGAAAUAUUGAAUUAGAAAAAUCAGAACUUAUGCAGCAUUUGAAUUACUUAAAAAAAGAAAAUGAAAAUUUAAACAUUGAGAAUCAGAAAAUGCAGGAACAAGUUAAAAAUCAGAUGGAAAAAAUACAAUUUGAAAAAAUAAAAUUUAUUCAAGAGCUGAAGGCAAUGACACAAGAGAAUGAACAUUUAAAAAUAGAAAUGAAUCAACUUUUUAAAACAAUUAGCAAGACAAAAGCAGACCUUCAAGUAGAAAAAGAUCUGUUUAAGCAAAAACACGAUAAGGAAUUAUCAAAAUUAACUCAAGAGCUAAACAGUAUCCUUCAUACAAAAAAUAAUUUGGAAUCUGACAACAGAAAAUUAAUUCAAGAAUUAGAAUUAUUAAAGAAGGAAUUUACUGGCAGGAAGAAAAGUUUGGAGAUGCGAAAGCAUGAGGAAAAAAUAAAUGACAAACAUAAAGGAAAAAUGACGUCUCCCGUUGACCAUCGCAAACAAAAAAGGCAUUCGCUUCACGAUCUUAACAGAGCGUUGCCCGAAGAAUGCGUCUUAAAUUCAGUCUGCUCUCAAUGUCAGCCAAUAUUGGGGACACUAAUUGAACAACAUCGGAAAAAGGAUUCGAUAAAACAAGAAAUUAUUUCCGAUCUGGAAAAUAAAUUGCGUAAUUGUAAAGGAACGUUCACCGUUUCUUCGCUCGGAAGGGAACUAGAAGAUAACGAAUUGUCGAAUGAAAAUAUAGGGCCGCGAAAUACAGUAAAAAUGUCUGACUGUAAACUUGAACGAUUUAAAACCCAGGCCCAGAAACGGGACGCAUCAUGCCAAGUGACGUUAAUUGAUGCAAACAAAUAUGAAUUCGCAAAAAGUCUGGCUGACUUAAGAAGAAUCCAGGGCAACUAUUUAAGGAAGCAACUCAAUUUACCUAAAGAUUGUCCCAUUGUUGUGCCUGGCACCAGCAGCAAAAAUUAAGCCGGUGAUAAAAGUUUGCUGGAGUUAAAUAUUUUCGUUUAUUUGUUUGUUUUCUUGUUUUGUACUUUGUUCUUUUUGUACCUGAAAAUUAGCAAUAGUUAAUAUGUGAUACAAUUUUAGUUCUUGUUUUUCCAUACCAAAGUUAAAUACUUAAAAAUGUUUUUGUAUUUUUGUUUAUAAUUAAAAAUGAUAAUUAAUAAUUAAUCAAUUUAAUUGUCCUAUGACUGCAAAUACUACAGUUUAUUAUAGUUCGAAUUCUCUCCCACAAUAUGACAACAGCUUAAU